CCGCCCGGGCAGAUGGCACAGCCGGAGCCGCCGGUCCGUCGAGCCCGCCGGAGCAGCCCGCGGCCGGGCAGGCAACGCCGCGCCGCCUUCCCCAGUGAAUAAUCUACUUAAGGAAGAUACCUUUGCUCUCCAAGAGGUCAUUCGGCUUCCAAGGGGGCCCAUUGCAGCACUUCCUUCAUGUCUCGUUUGCUGGCUCUGUGACAGAAGACUCCGGGCCUCCGCCAUGGCCGUGGUUUUGCUGGGAGCAGCCUUGCUUAUUGUUCAGCCUCAGGCAGUGCCUUCAAGACCAACUGUCAGCUCUAAGGGUGAAGCUACAGCAGAACCGGCUCAGAAAGAGCCCUUUAAGAAAAGCGACUUCAAAGAGACCAUCUGCCCAAAUGGGACAUUCCAGCAACUUCCGCAAACUGUCAUCAUUGGAGUCCGGAAAGGUGGAACCAGAGCCCUGCUGGAGAUGCUGAGCCUCCAUCCAGAUAUAGCAGCAGCGGAAAGUGAAGUCCAUUUUUUUGACUGGGAAGAGCAUUUUGGAAAUGGAUUGCAGUGGUAUGCUAACCAAAUGCCGUUCUCUUAUCCGCACCAGAUAACGGUAGAGAAAACCCCAGCGUAUUUCACCUCCCCUAAAGUGCCUGAAAGAGUUUAUAGCAUGAACAAGCUCAUCAGAUUGCUGCUUAUUUUGCGGGACCCCACUGAUAGAGUGUUGUCGGACUACACGCAAGUGUUCUUCAACCACAUGCAAAAGCGUAAGCCAUAUCCCUCCAUCGAAGAGUUCCUAGUUAAAGAUGGAGAACUCAAUGUGAACUACAAGGCAAUAAACCGGAGCUUGUAUUACGUUCACAUGCAAAACUGGUUGAAGUAUUUUCCUCUGGAUCACAUUCACAUUGUAGACGGCGACAAGCUGAUCAAAGAUCCCUUCCCAGAAAUAGUAAAGGUAGAAAGGUUUUUGAAGUUGAUGCCUCAGAUAAAUGCUUCAAACUUUUACUUCAAUAAAACAAAAGGUUUCUACUGCCUAAGAGACAGCGGUAGGGACCGGUGUUUACAUGAGUCGAAAGGAAGAGCACACCCGAAAGUAGAUUCGGUUUUACUGGAAAAACUGCACGGAUAUUUUCAUGAACCUAAUCGGAAGUUUUUUGAGCUUGUGGGCAGAACGUUUGAUUGGCACUAGAUGUGGUGGUCGGUUAGAGGACGUUCUGGGGAGCUCAGGGUGCUCCAGUGUGCAUUUAGAAGAGAAGGGCAUGUAAGCUAUAAUUUAUUUGUAAAAUCCAUACAUUACUUCAGUACAGUAUUAGAUUAAUAAUUUCCAUAUAAACUAGUAAUAUUUUUCUACUUGUUAAAAAAAUUUUGUAAUGUUUUUCAUGGUUGUUAACACCGUGUAUUAUGUCUAUAUGAAGAAACAAACU